GAUGUUCCAAGCUUUGCCUUGUCUUUGAGCAGGGAGACCAAGCGGCUGAGAGGCGGACGAUAACAGCAUCCAUUGCUGUUAUUCAGCCUUCACGCAUCUCAAUGCACCGCAUGCAUACACACACACAACUGAUGGUGCCUACUGCUUCUCGCAAGGCAGGGAGGCAAGACUUUUAAAAACUAUAUAUAUGGUGUGUGUUUUUUCCCUAGAAACACUUUUCUUAAACACUUAGCCUGCAUCAUGGUGCUCGGCAAGGUAAAGAGCUUCACGGUGAGCUACGACUGUCUUAAUGACAGCAACGUGCCCGUCUUCUCCAGCGGGGACUGCGUCUCAGGGAGGGUAGUCGUCGAAGUCACCGGCGACAUCCGAGUCAAGUCUCUUAAGAUCCACGCCAAGGGCUUUGCCAAAGUUCGCUGGACGGAGUCGAGGAACGCCGGUUCCAACACCGCCUACACGCAGAACUACACCGAGGAAGUGGAAUAUCUCAACCAUAAAGACGUUUUAAUUGGACAUGAACGAGACGAUGACAACUCAGAAGAAGGACUCACCACUAUCCAUUCAGGAAGACACGAGUAUGCAUUCAGCCUGGAGCUUCCACAGACACCUUUGGCUACCUCUUUUGAAGGGAAGCAUGGCAGCGUACGCUAUUGGGUCAAGGCAGAACUCCACAGGCCGUGGCUCCUGCCCAUCAAGACCAAGAAGGAAUUUACAGUCUUUGAGCACAUUGACAUCAACACUCCAUUACUGCUGUCACCACAGGCCGGCACAAAGGACAAGACACUUUGCUGUUGGUUCUGCACCUCAGGUCCAAUUUCCCUAAGUGCCAAAAUUGAAAGGAAGGGAUACACCCCAGGAGAGUCGAUCCAGAUCUUUGCAGAGAUCGAGAACUGCUCCUCUCGCAUGGUGGUGCCAAAGGCCGCCAUCUACCAGACACAGACUUUCUAUGCCAAAGGGAAGAUGAAGGAAGUCAAGCAGCUGGUGGCCAACCUGAGAGGGGAGUCCCUGUCCUCGGGCAAGACUGAGACCUGGAGUGGAAAAAUGCUCAAGAUCCCGCCUGUGUCGCCCUCCAUCCUGGACUGCAGCAUCAUCAGAGUAGAAUACUCCCUCAUGGUGUAUGUGGACAUACCCGGGGCAAUUAACCUUUCCCUGAACCUGCCACUAGUAAUCGGAACCAUCCCCCUCCAUCCUUUUGGCUCACGCACAUCCAGUGUGAGCAGCCAGUGCAGCAUGAGCUGGCUGGGCAUGGGUCUGCCCGAGAGGCCUGAAGCUCCUCCAAGCUAUGCAGAAAUUGUGACGGAAGAGCAGAGGCAGAGCAGUCUGGACGUGCCUGCAGCUCGCGAGGAUCUGGACGGACCUCUGUUUGCCUACAUCCACGAGUUCCGCUUCCAGCCGCCCCCUCUCUACUCAGAGAUUGAUCCUAAUCCAGAUCAAGCCGGCCGUCCAGAAGUCCACAGGCCUGAUGCCUGUCCAUCACGCUGAGGGAAAUCCUAAAAACUGACUCGGGGAACCCAAAGAAAAAUGCACGCUACAUGACUCGACGUUGUUCAUUCUUCUCCAAAACGGUGUUGUUGACAACAAGAGAAAGUGAAAGCAUCCAACCAAUCAAGCAACAAAGACUUGGUCAGAAAUGCUGAGUUGGGAUUGGAGAAAUCUGUUCCACCAUUCCCUCAGUGACACCAAGGGGAAGUCGCUAGUUUGGCGGAUGGCUUCCUUCUUGAGGGCGGGGUGUGUACAGACAGUUUCCUUCUGUAGGGUGAGAUCCCAGGAAGUGUUUGAACUGUGGCACAUAUAAGGACACGAGGCUCCACCCAUCAUGUCCAGACUGCAUCGCCACCUCCCACGAUCUUUGACGCCGUGGUCCUCCUCACUGAGAGCACCACCAAACAGCAAAAGACUACGUCCUCCUGCCUCAUUUUGGGAUUUUGUUUUGCACAUUUUUGGUUCUUUACUUGACUCGAGUGGCUCUGUUUAACUUGGCUUGGUUUUUCCGGACUGUGCUUUUUGGCCGAACUUUGGAGAGCAGGAGAUGCAAGACUGAAAAAGACAAGAACAAUGCACUGAUUUUUUUUUGUUUUUGUUCUUAUAAGCUGUUUUUUUUUCCCUUAUGACAUUUCCUGAGUGACUUACGACGACUGGACUUUUUUACGACGACAACAAAAAAAGACCGCAGCACACUUUUGUCUACCUAGAAGCUCUUUUAUGAUGUUGCCUCCUCUGUUCGGAUCCAGUUUGGCUUCCCUCCUUUUGUUUUGUCCAGUUAUAGAAUUAUUUUGUGUGCGUGUGUUGAGACAGCUCUAGAUUUGGAGCAGGGGUUUUUGCAGGCCACCUUUUGCUACUAGACGUCUGAAUGAGGGGAUUUUACCUCACUAUUUGUGCCUGCAGCCCCUGCUUUCCUAAUCUCUUACUGCCCAAAAAGCACUGUUCCACGUGGCAAACAGUGUAAAGAAUAGUGAAACAAUUGCACUAUUAAAAAACAACAAAGAUUUCUGUUCUGUUUCAAACUUACCAAACCAGAGAGAAAAGACCUGCAGAUGAGCUCGGCAGCUUUUCUGUAGACACAUUCCCCUUCUGUCCUGCUGCAUCUGCUCUGCUCAUCGAAACAACAUUUCUAUCAGACCAGUGAAGCCAGGAUGCUUAAAAAAUAGCAAAAAAAAUAAGAGCACUGAUGCUGCUUCUAGAAAGCAAACCGCUUUUUGUGCAGACUGGUCAGAACAAGUAGUGUUAGGUUGACAUGAGUACUACAUUGGUUUUCUCACUCAUUCAACACCAUAGACCAGCUGCAGUAAUAAUGGGUUUGUCAGGAAAUAGGAUGUGUAGCACUUUUUUUUAUUUAAAGAAAGAAAAAAGCAUCAGAUGGUGAAGGUCUGACCCAAAAAAAAUGGUACGAAUGUUAUAUUUCAGCAAAGCAGUGUUGUGUAGGAUGCGGAUGCAUGAUUUAAUCUUGAAAUAUUAGUUUACAUUAUGUGUGUAUGGAGAUCCACUGGGCAACUAAAAUUCAAACAGGAUGCUUCUGACUACAAGUGACAAACUGCAGAUCAUUCAAGUGAUCUGAUAUUUGUGGCCUUGACACAGACAAGACUUUUUUCCUGCCUCUACGUCUUCUACGCCCUUUUGUUUGACCUGUAUGAAUCUUUCCAUAGCAAAGGACAAAAAGGGAAAAGUUCCCCAGAGAGGCAUCAUAAUUGUUUUUCUUAAACUAUAUCAUUUGUUUUCCACUUAUAACAGGGCAUUGGUGUAGUUUGCUUCGCAGUUUAAUAAACAGGCUGUUGAUCAGCCCUCCUCUGACGGAUAUUUACGUCCUUAACGCCGAGGACUAACUGCCUUUUUCCGCCAUCUUUUUUCUCUAUGUUGUUUUUGUUUUAAUCCUCUUUUGCUUCGUGAUGAUGAAUAAGCUGACAUAUUUGCUUCAGGGUGGUUGAUUCCAUGAGUCCAUUGGCUGAAGUAAGUCCAACAAAAACAAGCUAAUAAAGGCAGGAACUGAAAUGUUCAGAGGAAGACGUUAAAAAAAAGAUGACGGCGAUAAUGUCUGAAACAUUUUAGAAAACAAUGUGCAAUAUCACGUGCUGAAUUUUCUUCAUUCUCCAUUUCUGUUUGUUUUCUUCCGUUAAUCACGACGAUGUAUAGAUAUUCUAUGAAUAUGCUACGUUCAGAAUGAUUUCAUCUUUUGUCUAGUUCUUCCUUUUUUUUGAUUUGAAUAAACGUUUUGUUCUAAACGACCAUUCAA